AUGAGUCCUGCCAAUCCGCACGCUGAUCUGUUGCGGAGGACCAAGUUCGCUCAAAACAGAACCGCCUAUAACACCCUGAGGAAUACGCUUUUGGGUGUUCAUCAAAGGAAACUCUAUGUAGUGGAGCAAUAUGAACUAGCAAAAAACCAUAGACAGCUGGCUGCAAUCAAAAAGGCAUUUGCAAGUCGUAGAAACUCGAGGAAAGGGCCGUUUCACAAACUGUUGCCACCGCACGUCUAUUCACAUCUGUUUGGCGAUCCUACGUACUAUUCCAACGAUGAACUGUGUAAGACAUGUGCUAUGGCGGCGGAGAUGCAACUCACAGACCGUCACUUCUGGUGGCAAAUCACUGAAAAACUCAGGAAAGUCAGAGAUAUCAUACAGAUAAGCGACCUUUUGCGUUGUCUAGAAGCAUUGGUUGCGGUAAAAUACAACGACCAAGACCUCCUGCGAAUGCUGUCUAGGGAGUUUGUCGACGAUAUGAGCAAAUUGACGCUACCGGAGAUCGCGCAGCUUCUACAGUGUUACGCUCGUAUGAACGUUUAUUCAGUAGAUCUGGUGGAGUCUGCGGGUAAAACUGCUGCAGGUUGCCUUAUAAAACAUGUUAAGAGAUCCGUUCCAAAAGAAGCAUCAAACCGAACAGACGAUAGCGGUGAGGCACACGAAGAUGACGCAACACAGUGGCCUCCAGGGACAUUAGGUCUGUUGACAAAAUGCUUCAGAGUGUUUGGAUAUAAAAACCGGGACUUGUAUCUUUCCAUCGCAUAUUUGGGAAUCAAACAUUGGCACAACCUCGACUUUUACGGCAAGUGCGCACUAUUCGCAAACUUAGAUCCAGAGGAUUUCAAGCCGGAACCUGGAGUCAACCCCGCUGGUUCGACUGUGGAAACAGCGAACGAGAUUGCAAGGGAGACUACGAAUGCGUUAGUGAGGCAACUUCGGAAUUUUUCCGACGACUUCGUUAUUAAAAGGCUGGACAGCAUCACUGAUGAGGUUGAUUUUUCAGCCAUAAUCCCGGCUUCCCUAGAUUCUAGUUAUGACAGCUACGUCAAAUCGAUGCAUUCUGUCUGUUGCUCGGUUGGAGCGGUCAACAAUUUGGCGAAGGUCAUAUGUAGACUGGCUGCCAUAACGAACAACUCGGACGCGGAUCUUAGUAGUGUGGUCGAUCUAGUCAUGGAAAAGAUGGUCUCCGUUGUGGCCAGACUGAUGUCUUUUGCUGAUGACUUGCACUCGGAAGCGAUGAAAUUGGAAAGGGGACAAAUGGCAUUGUCUAUUGGUGACGGAAAGGCAGAAGUGGAGGUGAAAGGUCACUCUUCCGUUUUCUGCCCUUACCUAAAUGCGUCACGUUUCGUGAUUGUAGAUGCCAUGAUGCGAGGUGUCUGUGCCGUUAAUGCCGCUAUACGUCUACGGCUGAAUAUCUUAGUAUCGCAAAAGGAGGCCGUUUGGGCAAGUGAUCUGAAGGCAAGUGUAGACGACGGUAACAUCCAUUCAGAUUUAUACAAAAUAAGCGGUAACACAUGUUUAACCUCUUACGAGUCUGCUUUUUUGGGUCAUUUUAUCGACACCGUCUGUAGAUAUGGGUGCGGUUCCCAGCAUCCUGAACUUUUGACAACGGCAUUGGAGACUAUUGCUCUCAGUUCUUGUAUGGAGUCACAGUCUACAACUAAUAUCGCUGGCCGCCUGAAGGAUAUCAAUGAUCUCCUCGCGGUAGAAGCCAUCAAAAAUUUGAUAUGCUUUGAAGACGAAGCUCGUUACCGAAUGAUGUUGGCGCUGCGUAAUGGAAAUGUUACCCCGAAUGUCUACCUGGAACACGGUUUACGUAACUUAACUAAAUAUAUGAGGAAGAAGAAAAGCAGUGUAAAGAUUGUCAUGGAACCACCGUUCCAAUUUCCUCUUAAGGAGAAACCUACCCCCGUUUCUUAA